CGUUGAGGAGGCACAUACACAUGCAGGAAGCUGUGAUCGGGUUUACGAUCUGUCGAGCCACAGGGUCGUCCUUUGAGCAUCCCGUGGGAAACCUCGCCGCCUACACGCGGAAAACGUACUGGGCGUCGUUCGCCAAACCCGUCGAAGUCUUGGUCGCCCGAUUAGAUACCAAAGCACUCGUGGGAGAAAUCCUGAUACUCAACAAGAGCGCACAGACCGUCGACAUCAGUUUGGCAGUGGACGACAAGCGGAGCGAGUACAUCACAGUCAAAACUGACGUCAGGUUGCCAUUGAAUCGCGAGUUUCGCAUCAAGCUCGGGUACUUUCCAGCUUGCUUCGUCCGGCUCUCCUUUAAGCGACAACACAACGCGUCGUCUGUUGGGGUGUAUGCUAUUCAGCCUCGGGGGAUUUCUUGCGGGUACCUCGAACAAGAUGGCGGGCCGUCGCUGUUCAAUGUCAUUAGCCACACCACCGAGGGUAUAUUAUUUGGGCCUUCAUUGCCAGCCAGUUUACCUGAGCGAGACUGCCUCAGUGAUACUACCUCGGGGUAUAUAUUGGUUUCGCACAUGUCCAUCAUUCAAUGUGUUCGCAGGUCUCGCGCAUGGAUGAAGCGCCAUGAAAGCCUCCAGGACAUGCAUAUGGCACGCCUGGAAGACUCGAUCAGAUUGUUUCGAGUUAACCACCGACGAACGACAUCGUAUCUAUAAACAUUGUUCAUAUGUAUCAUAAACAAAUAUACUAUUUCGCUGUGCAC